UGAGCGGUUGGAGGAGAGUACACUAGAGAGCGAGAGAGAGCGGAGGGCAUCUCUGGCCACCACGCAGCAACAAGUCCGGUGUGUGUGUGUGUGUGUGUGGAUUCCUUGGCAAGAUACGGGCUUUUUGCAGUCGAAUUGCAUUUAUUUGAUGCCGAAAGGAUUUUCGAGUAAGACCAUACUUAGCCUAUAUUUCUUUAAGAAUGCUGUGAAGAGACGAGCAUAUGACCUCAGAUGACAUGUGGAAAUACCAGUGAGCGUCCGUCGGGCUAAGGAAUUGGUCGACUUGGGAUAAUAAGUCAGCCUGUCAGUUAGCUACCGAAAAUGCUUAUUUUCACUUGAAAACCUGAAAGUGAUGCGAAAGUGUAACCGAACUCUUCUGUGACAAUUAUGUGAUGUCGACAUUGCGAGACAGUGCCAGUCUUUCAUCCUGCGCUUGACAAUGGAACCAUUUGUGCCACAAUGACGUAAAGAAAAGAGGGAACUUCAGUGAACAAUGACGCAAGGUUGACUUAUAUAUCUGUGUACCCUGCCUCUGCGAAGAGAAAAUAAAAGAGACAGGGAAAUAUAAAAUACAAACGAUUGCAGUGAAUUGAUUUACAUUGCGACGCCCCAGCAUGACGUGCCUCGAUGGUCGAGUCGAAGGCGAGAGUGCCGGAGUAGGGUGCCAGUGAGGGGCAUGACGGCAUGACCCGGCCACCACGUGCCCUCCCGACCCGAGCCUCCGCCUUGCACCCCGCCGGAAGUGAGCCAAGACGCACAUCUUGCCAAGGACCCGAUCUAUUAUGUCGGUUUUAAUGUAUGGCGUCCUCUUCUCUCGGACUUCUAUAGCCCAUCGGAGAGGACAGUGAUCAUAAGGAAAAACUCCCUGCCGAUAAAUCGUCGCGCGGAGUGCCUCGUCGACAGCGUGUGUUAACGAACGGGCCAUCGAGCGGGGCCCAAACAUCAUGUCUUUCCCCUGAGAAAAAGGAAAAACAAUCGCGACGACGAAGGACCAGAAAACAGAGACAUUAGGGACCAUGCCGGGCUGGGGAGGCUGGAGCGUGUUCCUCCACCAGACCCUGCUGCUGGUGAGCGUCGUGGUGCCGGCCACGACCCUCGCCCAAACGCCCAGUGCCGCCCCCGUCAGCAGUGCCGACGCCCUCAGUGCCUCAACCAACGACACCUCGAAGGGCUCACCAUGGUGCCAGUGGGUGGCCCAGGAGGCCCUCGAGUGCCACAUUCGGACUCUGGAGGACAGCUUGGGCUCUCAGGUCGUCAAGGGGCACUGGCAGGACCGCAACGACUCAAGUGGUAUCCCUGCAGCGGGGCAGUGGCCGAGGGACCAGGUGCCGGGCCUGCCAGGGGCAUGGGCCGCCCGCAGUGACACUCGCCACUUGCGCGUGCUGAGCGUGGAGUGCAGUCAGGUCCUCUACUAUCAAAGCCGCCUUACGGCACGCACGUUCCAGGGCCUGGAAAACGUAGAGGAACUUGGCAUCAACAACUGCAAGUUGGACAGUCUCCCACCGGGGACUCUGUCCAGCCUGGGGCGCUUACGGAGUCUCGAGGUGACGACCCACAACGGCGAGUGGGCGGCGCUCGCCAUGGAAGUGGUCUCGGGCUCCCUCCCUCUCACGCUGGAGCGGGUGUCCCUCGCCCACAACAACAUCUGGACGCUUCCCCCGAGAGCCUUCUGCGGGCCCAACUCCCUCCACCACUUGGAUUUGUCUCACAACCGCCUGCAAGACGUCCACGAACUCGGAUUCAUGGACCAAGUCCAGCUGGACAUUCUGAUGAUGAAUAUGAGCAACACAAGCAUUAGCGAACAUUCUACAGUGUUUUCAAACUUGGGCGAGGAAUCUAGUGCAGAAGGGUGCGGUCAGGCCCUUCGUGAGCUGAUCCUAGACCACAAUGACUUAGUGAGGCUUCCUGACGGGAGCUUCCGCGUCCUAUCUGGGCUCAGAGAACUUCAUCUACGUGACAAUGAUAUCAGACUUAUAUCCAGUGAAGCCUUCAGUGGACUUACAGCCUUACAAGUGCUAUAUUUAUCUAAUAAUCAUAUUAUUGCCCUACAUAAUGGAACAUUUUCUGACAAUAUAGCCUUAGAGAGGUUAUAUUUGAACAAUAAUUCCCUCAGUGCUCUAAAUUCCAAAGUUUUCCAGGACAUGAAGGAGCUACAAGUAUUAGAAAUUUCUAACAAUAAAUUAUAUCUAGAUAACAGUCAUGAUGACCUCUUCAAAGGCCUUCGAAGGCUUGUCAUUCUUGAUCUAUCAUGGAACUCCCUUACCACAAUCACAAAGCUUUUAUUCCGGGACUUGACAUCCCUUCAGAGGCUGGUCCUUUCCCACAAUGCCAUACAGAGCCUCGAGGACGACAGUUUCACUUCUUUGUCCAACCUUUACGCCCUUGAUCUCUCACACAAUUUGCUCCUCACUUUGGGCGAGGCUAAUCUGAGGGGGCUUGUCGGCCUCAGCCUAAUUCAUUUGGCUAACAACUCUCUCUUUGAAAUUCAUCCUCAUGCCUUCCGUCACAGCUCAAACCUGAAGCAGGUCUUCCUUAGUCACAACCACCUCCAGGCUAUACCCAAAGCCCUUGAAAACCUCUCUUUUAUCAAGACUCUGGACAUGUCCUACAACAACAUUAUCAGUAUCCAACCCUUCCUUUUUGGAGGUCUUGGAAAUCUUGAGAUGCUAAAUGUGAGCCACAACAAACUAGAUUUUAUAUCUCAGGGAUCAUUCAAAGGACUUGUUUCUGUGAAAGAUUUGGACCUAAGGGACAAUGCCAUCCACACAGUGAAUGAAGGUUCUUUUGAUGGAGUGCCAAAUGUCUUGAAUUUGGAGCUUGCUAGGAAUCAAUUGAGUAAUAUAGAACACGUAUUUGCAGGUCUGGAACACCUUGAAUCCCUGGAUCUUUCAGAGAAUAAUAUAAGGAUGUUUGAUUAUGCAUUCAUCCCUCAACAACUAAUUAAUCUAGAUUUGAAAAACAAUAAGAUUGGACAACUUGGUAACUUUUUCAAAGUUCAUACCGUCCUGACAUUAGAAAAUAUUGAUGCAAGUCAUAACAACAUUAAAAGCCUUACUGAACUUUCUCUUCCAAACACCAUCAUGCAUGUAAUCCUGCACCAUAACAAUAUUACAAGGAUUUUGCCAAACAGUUUUCGAGACAAGGUGAAUCUUCAGACUUUGGACCUCAGCAUGAACUCCCUCCAAAGAAUAAAUCCCAAGUCUGUCAGCAUGAGAGUAGCUUCUGGAAAACAUACAAGUGCACUGAUAUAUCUGUCGGGUAAUCCUCUUGUCUGCGACUGCGAAAUGGAGUGGCUUUACAAUUCAUUCAGAAGCAUCCUCACUACAACUCCAGAAGCCACUGAGGUCACUUUCCUUCAGCCUCGCAUUGAUGACCUCGCCCAAGUGACAUGUACGCUCCCUCAUUCUCGGGAAGACACCACAGUCAUGACACGUGUCUUGGAAACCUCUGCAGCCAACUACCUCUGUCCAUACACCACACAUUGCUUUACUCUCUGCCAGUGUUGUGAAUUUAUUGCUUGUGACUGCCAGAUGAAGUGCCCAGAUGCCUGUUCCUGUUUUCAUGAUGACACAUGGUCUAUGAACCUGGUAGAUUGUUCAGGGGGACACCUGGAUCGACUGCCAGAUCGAGUGCCAAUGGAUGCUACAGUUGUUCUGCUAGAUGGCAACAAUCUCCAGAUUCUCCAUGCUCAUCAUUUUAUUGGGCGACACAGCAUUCAGCAGCUAUAUCUGAAUAAUUCACAAAUCCAGACACUCCAAAAUCGCACAUUCCAUGGACUAACUUCACUGCGAGUACUUCACUUACAAGAUAACAUGAUUGUACAGUUAAAUGGCUUCGAAUUCUCUGGCCUCCAUCAUUUGAAGGAACUCUACUUGCAGAACAACCGUCUGUCCUUCAUCAACAAUGCAACCUUUGUUGGGUUAAAAAGCUUAGAAAUCCUCCGACUUGACAAUAAUUUUAUCAUAGACUUCCCAGUGUGGUUGCUGAGCAACAAUCGUUACCUGGCUAGUGUCACCCUGGGAAACAAUCCAUGGGACUGUGACUGCCAGUUUGUUGAGUCUCUGAGGGAAUGGCAGAAGCAGCAGUCCCACCUUCUGAUCAACCCUGAGGAUGUGUUUUGUGUACAUAGUGAUUCUGGAGUGGUAGGGCCUAGCAUAAUCCUUCCGGAGUACUCUUGCACAGAGGCUCAACAUGGAGUGACGCAGUAUAAGUUUGGCCAACAAGAACUGCCAUUCCUGGCAGGGGGUUUGUGUGGUGGCGUUGCUCUCAUCAGUGCUCUGGUAGUGAUGGCGAUGCUAGUUGCAAGGAGAAGAGCAGCAGCAGCUAACAAACUGGGAAUUAAUGGAUCUCCUGCAUAUUGCCAAGAAGAGGACGGAAAAGUUUUUGAUUCUUACAUCAGCUAUAGUGCAAAUGACGCUAGCUUUGUGAGAGAUGUGUUAGCUACUAAGUUAGAAAACAGUUGUCCAAGUUACAAGCUUUGUCUACAUUCCCGAGAUUUCAGUGAAAACAGCCGCCUCUCAGAGUUUAUUACUCAGUCAUUAGGCUUCAGCAGGAGAACCAUUAUAGUCCUUUCCAAGAACUACAUAGACAACGAAUGGAAGAAUGCUAUCUUCAAGAAAGCUCACGUUGAUGGGCUAAAGGACAGUGACAUGGGAAUCAUUGCAGUUUAUUAUGAUAACGUUUCAUAUUCCUCUUUUGACUCAGACUUAAAAAAUAUAAUGAGGAGAUGCAUUAAACUUAGAUGGGGUGACAAAAACUUCUGGAAAAAGUUAUCAGAGGCCAUGCCCAUAAAACAAACAUAUGCAGGACUGCCAGUGUAUGUAUCAGAAAAUUCCUAUAAAUCAUCAACUCUGCCAACUCUCAUCCCACCCUCAUCCUUGCCUCUUCCAUCUUCUUCCUCCGUCCUCACCUCCACAACAGGGCUCACCACACCGUCAGAGAUCGGGCACAGAACCUCAUGCCAACAAGAGCCUCCUGCAACUACCUACAAGGCCCCUCCACCUCCUCGUCCUUGUUAUACACCACCAUCAUGUGAUUACAUUGUAAUGACAGGACGAGACUGCCGAGACCCACAAUGUACCUGUCACCGACACUCUCACGCAGCAUACACCUACGUGGACGGCGACUCCUCGUCCCUCCACACCUACACCUCUCUUGAACCCUUCACAUUACCCGAUCCUCAUGUACCAGAGUCAUAUACACGUGGACAUUCGCCUGCCAGUAGCCAUUACAGUGCCCUUGAACCCCCUGUCAGGAGGACUGUAAGAGCUAGUAAGCGAAAAAAGAAGAGACCCCUGAGUCAGAAUUGUCCAGCUGUGCAUUGUGACACUCUGGAAAAUCCUGCCUUCACUGAGGACGUACAUGGCGAACUGCCCUCCAACGGGACCUUCCGAAGAACCAAGAGUCUCCGGGCAUCACGUGGAAACCAAGAGCGUCAUAGUGAUUACUCGACAGACCACUCCAGUGACCGAUCGAGUGGGAGAUCGUACGACCACUCAGUGACCACUGGCGGAGGCGUUGUCGACCGCAACGACGCCUUGUACAUGGGUCUCGCCGAUUCUCCACCUGAACCGACGAUGGUCACGACCGAAGAAUGUUUCGUCUAGUCUUCACCAAUUGAAUAGUCUGUUACUCAUAGAUAGUAACUAAUGAACUUCCUACUUGCAGUGCUUGUUUCACGAUGGUUUAGUCUAAAGCCAUGUAUGAAUGUUGAUUUUUUUUAUAUUUGAGAACUGAAAAAAAAGAAGUGGACUCUCCGUAACGGGGGCCUCAUAUAUGUAGCUCAGUGUGAUGAGAGGAGCCUCCACUAAUUCACUACAGAGUACUUACCGUCCCGGUGGCCCAGAGUCGCCAGUGAUCGCAUAGGAUGUAAAUAUUAAUCUUAGGCUUUUAUAUAUACAUAUAUAUAUAUAUAAAUAUAUAUAUCAAGUGGAUAUCUAUUUCAGUAUUACAUGAAGAAGCAGAAACAAAAUAUUUCAUGAAUAUUCUCACAGCUUUGUAAGCCUAUUGAAAAUGGGUAGUUAAUACUUACAAUGUAUAAAUAGAAGAUAUGUCUUGAUUUUUGUAUUCAUAUGGUAUAUAUAAUUUAUGCUUUUGACUAAAAGAACGCUUUUGACAAGGUUACCAAGCCAGACAAGUCCUAAGAUUUUGUACAGGUAUUCACCUAUAAAAUGGAUUGUGAUUUGGUGCUGAGGAAACGCCAUGGCGAGUGCAAGGUUUAGAAAGACCUUCAUUAAUAUGAAAUACGAUGUUGUUUAGGAGAUGGCAGAUAUUCCCCACCCCUCCCCUCUCCUUUUGAACACCACAUCCCUCCGUCUGUGUUUCCUUCUCCCCUUCCUCCCUCCUUCCUCUCCCCCCUUCCUCUUCCCCCUUCCUCCACCUUUGCAUGGCACCAAAGUUACCCCCCGAGUAGUGUCAGAUCGUCAGGUCACAAACCUUUGAUGAUCAAUGACCCCAAUGCCCUUUGAUCAAUGACACGCCUCCUCUUUGAUUAGUGUUUUAUCUGACGCGGAAUACUCUGAUCGAGUAAGCCGAAGUGUUUUAUACAUUCUCUUACCAGACGCGUCCUCGGGUGAUUAAUGGAAACUUCGAAGAAAAUUAAUGACCAGCACGCGAGACCGAACUCAUACAUCAAAGCUUAUUAGUCCGAAAUUGCGCUCGUGUAAAAUCAUGCUUUAAGGUGUAUGGCAUUAGUCAGUCCAGAGAGGUCGUCCAUCAACUGUGAUCUAUUCUUACAGGAAAUCAGUCAGCAUCUUAUUUUGCUAUCAACAUCGGAUUUCAUUGAGAUUUUGAAUCAGCAAAAUCGAAAAUACUAGAUGAAUGAACUCACUUGUUAAAAGAGUAUUUCCGAAAGAAUAUGAGUAUGCAGUAGUUGCUGUGUGUUUGAUAAAGGUCUUUAAAGUUUUGCAUUUCGUUUUGCAUAACUUUGCUGGUGAGCAGAAAAGCUUUUUGAGAGUCGCUUUGUGUUUCAGUAUAAUGGAGUUCACAGAGGAACUGUAAAAUCAUAUUUGUGUCCAUUUCUAUAAAUGACUGUCGAUUGUUUUUUUUUUUUUUUCUCUCUUUUUCUUUAAAUUUUGUUAUGUAUUUGUUUAUUCAACUCACAUUAUUUUCUUCAUCAUCAGUGUCACCAUAACUAUGUUGUGACUGUAAAGCACUGUUAUCUAAAUGUUUCUUAUGUAAAUAGAAGGAGAGGAGAAUAACUCAACAGAGAUGAAGAAAAUAGAUUAGUCGCUUCCUUCCUGCACGAGAAGUCUCUCUCAUUGGAAAAAAAUAUCCCUGAUGAACUGCUGUGAGCUAACCCCAGACCCAAAUUCUUUCGACGGCGAAUGGCUGAUAGUGAAGAGGGGAGGAAGGAGGAUGGAACAAGGGGAAUGCAGAGAACGCAGAAAAGAAAAGAACUUGAGAACAGGAAUAGCCUGAGUUACCCUUGUGUUCAGUGUUCUGCCCCUGACGAGUAGCGGAAGAGGGCCUGCCUGCGUUCAACAUUCCGAUGAAAGGGAUUGGUCCCCAGAGCUAUUAAUAUAUGUGUGUACAUUGCACGCACACGCACACACACACACACACACACACACACACACACACACACACACACACACACACACACACACACACACACACACACACACAUACAUACACACAUUUUUCUCUUACUGUAUUUUACUACCUUUUUCUUCAUGAUUUUUCUCUUCCAUUGUUAUUUGAUACUGAUUGGGAUUUUAUUUUUUUUCGCGAAUUUUCUAAGCAUAUUUUCGCCUAUUUUACAUACGCUGAUUUCCAUCUCCUCGGCGCAUUAAGAAUAUAUAUUUAUUCAUUUAAGCUUUUCAGAGCAUAUGAUUUUAAUUUUUUGUUUGCCUGCUUAUUUAAUUAUUCAUUUCAUAACUGGCUUCAGUUUCCAAAUUUGUUCGUUACCGCUAUACGGGUUAUAUAAUGGAUAAUUGUUUUCAAUCACGCUCUCAAUUAAAAAUGAAUUUUAGUUGCCUCACAUCGAUCUAAAUUAAUUUUAUUGUAUUAUCUAUUUCAUUGCACUGUAUCAUGCAUCGUGAUUUUCCCUUUUUUAAUAUUUAAUCAAAUGAUGAUGAUGACAAUGCAAUAUACUUCCUAAAUGAUUUAAGAAUCAAAACACCGUGAAUAGAUUAUAUAAACAGAUAUCUCCUUUACAUGUCUGCAAAUCAUCAUAAGUCUCAAGUUUGCGUUGUGUGUCCAUGGAAAAAUCAACAUCUUUUGGAUUAUAGUUCUUAAUGAAACUGUGUCGGAUGUAUUCUCAUUUCCUCUUCCCCUUCUAUAAUCAUUCCAGACAUCGAAAUAAAUAUGUUUUCGGGGAAUGUUACGAAGGAAACAACUUUCGACUCCGUGGUAUCUCAACAGAAGGUUCGGUUUAGCAUGACGCUCAUGUCCCUCAUCUCACAAGGUUGAGAGUCGCCACAACUGUUGUCUUCAUUUUUUUUUCUUCUUUUUUAUCUAAAAUAAUAUUUUGAAGUUCAGCUCUGAAGUUCUCGAUGGAUGGCGUAUAUUUGUUUCUUUGCGAGGUUGAAACUCGAGGGAAUUGGUUUGAAAAUGUCUAGUGUCUGAGGAGGGUGCCCUCUCUCUCUCUCUCUCUCUCUCUCUCUCUCUCUCUCUCUCUCUCUCUCUCUCUCUCUCUCUCUCUCUCUCUCUCUCACACACACACACACACACACACACACAAACAUGCGCGCUCGCGUGCAAGCAUAACUCUCUUCAUCCCAUCCAUUCAACCGGUGCCUCUGCCGUUCAUUCAUUCUUUCAUUCAUUUCUUUCCCUCUCGCGUGAUGACGUAAUUCACCUGCAUCAGAGCCAUUUACUCUCCCCUUGUCAAUCACUAUCCCUCUAGCCCUGAAUUUCUGUUCUUGUUUGAUCUACUCAUCCGAUAGACAAUGAUUCCCGACAGCGCCCCAUUCUUUACCUGCAAUGCCACUGUUCUUUGCGCUGAUGUGGUUCGUCUCUCUCUUCCCUCCCGUCUGCGCUUCCACUUCGAAUUAUCUCGUACACUUGUUCUUCCACCCAUGCGUCUUUGUAUUCGCUUGUUUAUUUCUCUAUUUAUUACUGUUAUUUGUGGGAAUCCGUGUGUUUCUUAUCGUUAUUCCCUAAUUUGAAUAGGUGAUACCCAGUUCAACUUGAAUCUUAUUAUUAUUAUUAUAAUUACUUCAUCAAAUUGUUUAUCUUUUACAUUUCAUAAUGCUAAUUAUCACUGUAAUCGUCCUAAUUAGCCAAGAUCUUGAUAACUUACGUAAUUGUUAUUAUCAUUCUUAUUUCUUCAUUUAAAAGUUAUUCUUAGUUAUUCUCCUUUAUCACCCUCCUCCCCCCCCCCCCUCCGAAUCUAAAAUAAGAUAAUAAGAACAGCCCCCGCAACCUCCUAAAAAAAGAAGAAAAAAAAAAAAAAGGAGAAAACUUGAC